UGGAAACAUAAGAAUGUGUACAUUUUCUUACUUCUCUUAUGGAUGGCAGUCUCUAACAUUUGAACUUCCUAGAAGAGAGAGAAAACGUGACUUAGAAGAUUGGUGAUAUCAUCAUCGUCCAAAUGGGUUGCUAUACCCUGAAAACAAAAAGAUUUGCAGGAGUGAAGGAAUGGAUAUUCAGAGUGAUUGGCUUCCUUUGCAGUCUAUUAUCUUCAGGGUUUGGAAUAAUUCUUGCAAGCAGCAAAUACUGGCGCCUCUGGGAAUUCGACAAUACGGUUGUCCAGCUUGUUUACAUUGGACUCUGGGAAGCUUAUUACCACUGGGAAUUUAAAUUCUCUGGUACUGAAACCAUAAUUCUGGUGCACAGCCCUGUCAACUCGACCUGGACAAUUUCACCUGAAUUUCGAUGUGCACAGAACCUGAUAUUAAUGGCAAUGCUGAUAAAACCUGUUGUUGUGAUUUUUAGCUCAGCAGCCAUUAGGGUGAGCAUAAUCAAAGCCUCAGUUUCUGAGAUUCAGAUAGUGUGCUACAAGUGCUCUGUCUUAAUUCUGAUCAUCAGUAGCCUUUGUACCAUUAUUUCUGUGACCUGGAACCAUGUAGUAGAUCUCUAUGGCAAAACCACCCUUGACUUUCCACCAAACUUUCCAGUAAAGAAAGAAGCCCUGAUAAAGAAACACAGCACUUAUGUGUUUCCAAUAGGGCUUCUAACAACCACCCUGUCACUCUUUGGAGUGAUUAUGUUCCUCUUUGAGAUCAAGUCAUUGAAAGUUCAGAGUAACCUGAAUGUCCAGCAUGCUUCUAAACAGGCUGAUGACAUGUACAUAAAUGAGAGUGCUGUUGCUUGAAAAAGUGCCAGGAGACUCCCUGACAAAAUUUCCUACACCCAAACAGUGCUACUGUAAUCGUGCACUUAUUCAAAAUAAAAUACCAUAGUGCUUUUCA